AUGCCUCCUCACAUCUCUCUAUAUACCACUGAAGCAGUGAAAAGUAUUUGGGUUCGUUGGAACAUCCGAUGGGCCAUUUUGUUCAGUCUCUUGUUGCAGGCCCUAUUGAUUCUUGUGGCUCUACUCAGAAAAUCUGCUAGAGGAAAAUUCAAUAUCAUCCUCAUUAGGUUUGCAUUUUUGUUGGCUGACGCAGUUGCCAAUUUUGCAAUUGGUCUCAUCUCCAACAGCCAACAUAAUCAAUAUGACAAGGCCGGCCACAACGCCAACCAGAAGCCCGAGGAGAACAGUGAUCUAUUAGCAUUUUGGGCGCCCUUUCUUCUAUUACACCUCAGAAGCCCUGAUACCAUCACAGCUUUUGCUCUCGAAGAUAAUGAGCUUUGGCUAAGACACUUUUUGGGCCUUGGCUUUCAAGCAGGGGCUGUUGUUUAUGCCUUCAUCCAGUCACUUCCCAACAAGAGCCUAUGGGUUCCCACAUUACUCAAGUUUGUGGCUGAGGAAUAUGACUUUAAGAAAAAGAACAAACUCCCAACACAAAUCAGUUUAACACUGGAGCCUAAUAAAGAAGCCAAGGCUUCUGAUGUUCCACCUAAGACGAACCGCUUGAAGCACUUAGAGGUGGUGCAUUAUGCUUAUAAAUACUUCCAAACAUUCAAGGGACUUGUUGUUGAUCUCAUCUUCGGCUUUCAUAAGCGCGGCGAGAGUCGUGAUUUCUUCAAAAUUAGGGACCCUAAAGAUGCUCUAAGGGUAAUUGAGGUUGAACUCAACUUCUUGUACGAAACUCUCUAUACCACGGUGGAAGCUCUACACUUGAGGAUGCAGAAGAUCUAUGUUGGCUAUAUUUUGCGAUUCCUAGCUCUUGCGUGUGUUUUGGCUACUUUUGGAAUCUUUAAUUUCAAAGUAAACAAACAUGAAUUCCGUGGAGUUGAUAUUGGAAUCAUCUACACCUUGCUUCUUGGUGUUAUUGCCCUGGAUGUAAUAGACAUCUUCAUACUCAUUUUUUCUGAUCGAAGUAUUGCUUCUAUAAAGGACCCUGAACGUCCACCCAAGUGGGCACCCAUCUACAAAGCUUUCCUUGUCCUAAUGAGGCCAUGGUGGAAGACUUUUACAUGUAACUGUAAAUACGAGCACAGUCCCGAACACGAACUACUUGCCACUCCCCUUGUAGUUCGAAGGUGGUCUGGAUCCAUCUCAUCACACAACUUAAUAAGAUACUGUCUGAAAAGUAAUAGGACAAGCAUCCAUGAAUUCCCUAGUUGGUGGCAGAUCAUGUUUGAAAGCAUACUUCGUUUCUUGAAACUCUAUGAAUGUUUUGAUAAAUGUGCUACCUGCAUUUGCAACGUCAUUGAAGAAUGUUUAAGCCCUAUUAGAAAAGGUCUAGGUAAAAUUUUCUGGCCCUGUUUCGAAAAAAUCUUUUCCUUUUGUGCGAAAGAUUUAAUGGAUGAGAUGGUGUAUGUGUCCCUCGAGCCAUUCAGCUUGGACCUAUGGAUAUUCAUCUUUGAGGAGUUAAAAACAAAAUCUAAGUUUGCAGAUACUCCAGAAACCGCAAAGAGAAUAUCCUUAGCCAGAGAUCUAUGUUACCACCCUGAUGAUGAUAAGGUUCGAAAGAAUACAAAUCGACAGGACACGGAGAAUCCAACAGAUCGGCAGGAUCAUGAGAAGGAGGAAUUGACAUAUCGGCAGUUCAGUAAAACCCUGUCGGAUUACAUGCUGUAUCUUCUAGAAUUUAGGCCAACCAUGAUGUCUGCCGUGACGGGUAUUGGGAAAAUAAAAUUUCGUGACAUAUGUGCUGAGGUUGAAAGGUUCUUUAAGUUGGUGGAUUUACGUCCAAAUCAGGAUAAGAAGGCUUGCGAAGAAUUAUUGGGUGUGAAGACGAAUGUUGGCUCUCUAGAAGUGAAGGGAGACCCAAGUAAAUCAAUGUAUUGGUGGACAGAUGAUGGCCUUCAGAAAGUGAAGGGAGGCCCAAGUAAAUCAGUGUUGUUUGAAGCAUGUAUGUUGGCCAAAGAGCUAAAUAAGAUGAACAAUAAGUGGAAAAUAUGA